ACGUCAUAACCACUGCAGAAGAGAGAUAGAAGCAAGCAGAAGGAUUGUCUCCCAGCAAGUUUGAGCAGUUUUUGUAUUUGUCCAGAGAAAAAGAAUCAACAAUGAGUAACAGCAAUAAGUCUUCUGAUUCUUGCAAUGACAACAUGCAACUUGCUAGAGAGACAGAGAAGCUACGUGGCAUCUUGAAAGAUGUCAACAAGAUGUCAACUGAGAGACAGUGGCUGAUCAAAGCAAACAAGGACCUGAAGAUGCAAGCGAGAAACAUUCAAAAAGCUGCACAUGACAUACACAAACUGCUUCGGGAGAAAGACAGUGAAUUAAAAAAACUGUUUGGUCAAAAUAAAACUUUAAAGGAGGAUAACAGUACAUUAAAGCAGAUGAACACUGCCUUGGACAAGAAAAUCACCUCCUUGAAGCAGACAAACACCACACUGAAGCAGACAAACACCACACUGAAGCAGACAAACACCACAUUGGAGCUAAAAAACACCACGUUGGAGCAAAAAAACACAACACUGAAGCAGAAAUACACAACACUGAAGCAGAAAUAUACGUCACUGAAGCAGAAAAACACCACGUUGGAGCAGAAAAACAACACGUUGGAGCAACAAAAAACAGUCUUGGGUCAGAAAUACACCUCAUUGAAGAAAAUAAAAGCUGCUUUGGGUCAGAAAAACACCACCCUGGAGCAGAAAAGCACAGUCUUGGACCAGAAAAUUACCACCCUGGAGCAGGAAAACAUCGCACUGGAGGAGAAAACUAACAUACUGGCGAAAGAAAAGACUGCCUUGGAGCAGAGUAACACCAUCCUGGAGCAGAAAAUCACCACCGUGGAACAGGAAAAUACCGCCCUGGAACAGGAUUACACCGACCUUGUACAGGAUUACACCGCCCUGGAGGAGGAAUGUAACACUUUACAACAUGAAAACACCACUCUGCAGCAGAGAAUCCCCUUUAUUGAGGUGAUAAAUCGUGCCCUGGAACGGAGAAACCAAAACUUACAACGGGACAACAUCAAUUUUGAGAUUGAGAACAACGACCUGCAGCAGCACAUCACUGACUUGAAUCAGAGAAGAAGGGCCCUGGAGAAUGAAAAAACCAAGCUGUUGCUGUCAGUCACUUCCCUGGAGGUGAAAAGCAUUGUCCUGGAGAAGACGAGCACAGACUUACAGGAGGAAAAAAAUACCUUGACGAAGGAAAACAUCACCCUGCGGCAAAAAUACGCUGCCUUGGAGGAGGAAAAAAGAGCCCUAGAGCAGAAAAACACCGCUCUGGAGCAGGAAAACUCCGCGCUGAAGCUGAAAAGCACCACCCUGGAGCAUAUAAACACCGCCUUUGAGGAGGAAAACAUCAACCUGCAACCUGAAGUGGACCAGCUGAACAAAAGGCCGAGGGACAGAGAGGAACAACAGAACCAGCAGCCAUCUGAAGAUGAAACCCACGAAAACAGCCAGUCGGUUUCACACCAGCCACAGAUUCAGCCGUCGGUAUUUAGACGUGUGAUCAAUACACGUCUGAAUAUGUUCCAAAGAGGCACUCUCAGGCGCUGGCUUGAAAGAUGGCACUUCUAAAUAAAGAAGUGUCAUGAGGGCUCCAAGCUUCAUGCUUGAUUAUCGGUGGCAGAAAAGCUUGAGGACAACAGCACUGCAGUGUCAGGGGAGCUUAACACUUGGGGCAGUUUGCGGAAGAGCUCAACGCUUGAAAGUUGUUGGCAGGAGAGGUAGGGCUUCAUAGAGAGGCCCGUUGGUCUCUGGGCUGACCUCCAGGGCUUCCUAGCGAGUAUCGUCGGUCUCUGGACUGCCUCCAGGGCUUCCUAGCGAGUCCUGUUGGUCUCCUGGCUGACCUUCAGGGCUUCCUAGUGAGUCCCGUCGGUCUCCUGGCUGACAUCCAGGGCUUCAUAGCGAGUCCCGUUGGUCUCCUGGCUGACUUUCAGGGCUUCCUAGUGAGUCCCCUUGGUCUCCUGGCUGACCUUCAGGGCUUCCUAGUGAGUCCCCUUGGUCUCCUGGCUGACCUUCAGGGCUUCCUAGUGAGUCCCGUUGGUCUCCUG